CAAAGAUGUUGCUGCAAUGCUCGCGAUGCAGGUGCCGGUAGCUGAGGCAGCGCACACUGAAGAUGUUCGUGUUGACCAACUACAUAGUGCGGGACAUCCUUCUAAGGACCAGCGUGCUGCAAUGGAUGAUGAAAGAUGUCUAUCAUCUCUUCAAGCAGUGUCCGAGGGAGAGGAGGAGACCAGAAGAGCAAGAGCGGAGCUGAAGUUGUUGGAUAACGUGAUCAAUCAUCCGGGACGAACAGGGAAUAGUGGGCUGGACGAUGCCAGAAAGGUGAUGAAUCGCAUCUCUAGAACUUGCACUUUUGCAACUUUACCAUCAUCUGAAGAUCAAAGUGCUGUGUCUGACGUGGACGAUGAUUAUACAGAGAGGGCUUCUUCUUAUAGAGAAGGAAGGCAUAAGGCGGUCUCUCCUCCCGGUCAUGAAGAGGUCGGCAUGUCGAGAAGUGGGAGAAUAAGUAAAGGUUCUAGAGCAGGUCAGACUGAGAUCAACCAUGCUGGUGACAUCGUUAUCAAUCAAGAAGAUGAGGACGAUCAUGAUGUCAAUUACAUGGGCGUAGUAGGACAGACAUCAACUACCCACUCCCAAAAAAGAGUCUUCGCGUCAAGGCGCUCCAGUAGCAAAGACAAUCAGUCAGUCACAUCCGCUGCUCAACGUCUAGCAAGAUUACAACGCUCGGCCAGUGACUUGGGGCGGCUCGCUUCGCUACAACGCAACACCUCUGAAGAGCCGAAGGCGAGAAAGACUUCACGGCUGCCGUUUUUGAGGUUACACACAAGAGCAGCAGUUGGAGGAAAGUCGUCAGCAUCAGAUGAAGAGGACACAGGAAGUGUUUUCGGGAAUAGAAGUCCUGGUGAUCACGAUACUACCACCAAGGGACCACUCGACAAAAGCUUUGCUGAAGGAUCAAGCGACAAGAAUCUUCUUCAACGCACUCUGACAUCUAAGAAGCUCAAAGUAAAACAUGGGACAGUGGACGAAUUUGUUUUAUUUCCUCAAAGUACAAAGAGUCCAGUUUUUGCAGAUGUUGAGCCUUCUCAUGGACAAGAAGGUAGUUGUACUUUAGCAGGAGAUGCAGAUCCUUCUUCCGAGAAAGCGGUAGCCCAUCAGCAUUCAGGUACUAUCAACAAAUGUCACACCAACUACAAGGACCACAGUGAGGAAGAAUCGUUGUAUUUGAGCACCGCUUCUGGCGGACGUGGGGAUCCCGGACGUGAGGAUCCUGGAAGUGUGCAGAGCCACGUAUUUGAGUCUGUUCUUGGCUUGUGGACUUGCAGCGUUCCUCAGAGAACAGCGACAUAUGGUGGAGGGUUGUUGAAGCUGAGCUACGCGGUUUUGAUUAUUAUGGUCGUGCAUGGUUUGUCUCAGGUCAGUGCGGUUCUACUCCUGUUUGUUAAGCGUAAGUACUUCUAUCUCACCUUCAGGAUGUUCAGAAUUUGAUCGUACCUAGAGGCACUCUAAACUCCUGAUCACGAUUAAUUCCUAUACUGCGAAUCUGGCGACGAUGCUGCUCAUCUCGCAGGCGAGACACCGAGGCAUUCAAAGGGUCGAAGAGUGCUAUGACAAUCAGAAGAAUCAGAAGUGCCAAACCGUCUGCAUAGCGUCUCAAAUCCAGCAAGAGCUCUUUGCGUCACAUCCUCAACUCCGCACUAGGGUUUUCCCAAGUUCUUCAUCAACCCUGCAAGGAUUUGUGGAUGGUCUGUGUGACGCAACCGUGGUGCCGGAUCACGACGUGAAAGCUAGAGUUAAGGCUCAACUUUCAAUGGUCAUCAUUUAGAUUGGAGUCACUGAGAUCGAAGAGGCAUCCCCUUGAGAGAACAGGGGAAAACGAAGGGAAAGGGGAGAGCUUUGAUUUUGAAGGGGGUCGCUUCCGUUCAGAGUCAGCGACCAAUGAGUGCUGAGCUUUAAUAGAGCGGACUUCCAACAGACGCUGGUGGACAGAGGCUUCAUGAUGGUGGGGAAGCCUUUGUUUAGUAUGACUGUGGGAACGCCGGUGACGAAAAGGAUUGCGGCAGCCUAUUCCCUCCUCUCCCUACAGCUGCACUACGAAGGAGCAUUUGCGCACUACUACAACCUCUACACGCCGCGACCAGGAAGUAUUAUGCGCAAUGAGAUGAACGACCCAGGGCUGCCGCUUGAAGGCGAAGCGGCAGAAAUGUCUGAAGCCGAAGGCUUGCAGUUAACCACCAGGCAUUUCGUUGGUUUGUUUUUCACGUUUGGGAUGUGCGCUGCUGUCGCUUUGCUGUCCUUGGUGCACAUGCAGUGGGCCUAUGGACAAAUACGGAGGCGUUGUAACGAGAUCCUAGAGGCUGGAGCUGAACAAAGAAGUGAAAGUGUUGGAAAAGCUUUCUCACAGUUACAAGGUAGUUGUAACAAAGUAGCGGAAGGAGCGGGAAGGGGAAGCAUCAAAACUUACGCCGUGGAAUCCGCGUUCGCACACGACGUGCGAAUAAAAACCCUAGAUAACGUAUGACACGAAAAAGUGUACUCAUACUUCUCAAGAAAGUAGGCACUUUCUAAGUAGGAACAGGAAGAAGCCCUACUCAGUAGGAUCAGAAAGUGCUAGCCUUCUUCCUGUUCCUACUUAGAAAGUGCCUACUUUCUUGAGGAUGAGUACACAACUUUUUCGUUUCAUAUAACGAUGAAGACGCUGAAGAUUAUGUCAACAGUCUCCAUGUAGCUAGUACUCGCACAGGCACACCGGUUAUCAGUGAGGAAACGGAUAUCAUCCUUCACAUGGGUAGCAGGGGUGACCGGAGUGCGUUCGACGAUCGCACUUUAUCGUCUGAAGAUGAUUAUAGUCACGAUGACGAACGACGCAAUCACAGUUGUACAAAUAGUGUUGUCCAUUUUCGUUCAGAAUUACCCUCUGUUAAAGAAUAAGUCGAGAAACUGGUUUACAACUAGUGCAGCCGCCGAGUCAUACGAAAUUGGAGUGCAGCACUGUAAGCAUUCCAAGAAAAAAGGGACAAGGAAGAGUCUCAUCUACCUUUCUAGUGUAAGUAAAUGAAUCAUUCAUGUUGUUACUUUUCAACUGUACUAGGUUCAGGCGCAUCCUACUGCUCUGGUGUAAGUAGGAAGAAAAAGAGGCGACUUCGAACAACAAGUAACUCUAAUUUACAUCAACUGAAUUUUCCGCUAGCGCUAACCCAUUUUAGAUUUGGAAGUGUAGUGCUACGUACUUGGUAACAGUCAUUGCGCAUUUAUGCUCUUGCCACAGUCUGGGCUUCUUUGAGUCGUGCUUUUGUCAUGACUAUUCUGAGCAUGCACCUGAACAGCGUGUCUGAAGAUGAAAUAUCUUUCUUUAUCGAAAUCUUAUCUUUUUGAUUUUAAUGCAUUCAUGGAACUUGGUUCUUAAAAGUUGUUAUACUUGGUUGUAAAGAAAAAAUUGAGACUUUCGAUUAAUUCAUUUGCAGCUCAAAUUGAUGAUACUUUAGUCAAUCGUUUAGAACGACAGUCAAAGAACUGAACAGAAUGAAUGAGUGAAUGAAACAGAAAGUGUGUACUUACGAAGAAAACCUAGUACUUGAUUCUCUGCAUUCAUCUGACUUUUGCAGAACAGCGUCGUAAGAUUCUCAGCAUGUUUUUAUCGAACAAUUUCGUAGCAAGAAUCAAUGUCCUCGUAUUGUAGUGCUUAUAAUUUUG